AUUCUAUUAAAUGCGAAUCGAAAUUGGUGUAUUACAAAUCCACAAGCCGAAAAACCAAUUCCUUCUAUCUUAUAACAGAUUUGAGUCUCGACCUUUAAGGCUUGACCUAAGCUCCGAACCGGAAUUCACAGGGAGAAAUGUUGUGGAGUUUCGUGACCACGAAUUGUUCCAUCUGUUAGGCUCCUAAAAGAGGCAGAAGAGUGCCAGUCUUGGCGAAGAAGAAAGCGGAGAAGCGGCCGAAGCAGUUUGGGAUAGGAGGUGCUUUGCCGCCGUAGAGGGACCUGCACCGGUUCCUGAAAUGGCUGAAGGUUGCCGGAUUCGGAGGAAGAGAAGAAUCCUCAAGCAGCGGCAUUAGGUCCCGCCGGCACUGAACCAGUUUACCAGAACUUUGGACAAGAAUCUUGGACUUAGAAUGCUAUAAUUUACAUUCCAUCCAUGAAGCUGAGUUUUAGGUGUAUCUGCACCUACAAACCUGUUCAAGGUGCUUCUAAGUACCGAGCUGAAGACAAAGCUGCAAAGAAGGAAAAGCUUCUAAAGAGGGCACAAGCCUGUUGUUGUUAAGUACAGUCUCAAUCAUGUCACUUAUCUCAUAGAACAGGUUUUAAAUCUUCACAUUUGACUUCAUAUAUCAAAUGAAUGAAUCUGGAUUUUUCUUUUUUUGCCAAAUGCCUAAGAAGCAUAUACAGAAAAACAUCACCACUCUCUUCUACUGUUGCAAGUAUAUACUUUUACACUUUCUAUUUGUUGGCUAAUAGAACAAGGCACAGUUGGUGGUGAUUGUUCAUGAUGUGGAUCCUAUUGAGCUUGUAGGUGCCUUCUUCUGUACUGACACAAUUGCUAAGCUUAUUCUAGUAUGCUGAUAUACAUUUGCUGGCUGUACCGAUUUGAAUUUCUUCAGAUUGAUUGUGAUUCCAAAUUCUUACAGAUCGUGCACAAGAAAACAACAUCAGUCCUAUGCUUGACCAGAGGAUAAAUUGGAGUUCAGCAAAAUAUUAGAAGCCAUCAAGGCUAAUUUCAAUGAUAAAUUUGAUGAGAUCAGGAAGAAAUAGCGUGGUGGGAUAAUGGGAUCCAAAUCCCAGGCCAAAACAAAGGCCAGGGAAAAGAUGCAUACCAUCAGAGGAUGAGUUAGAUCUUCUCUCUGUGUUGUUAGUUGAUGAUAAAUUAAUUACCUUGAGCAUAUUUUUUGACUUCAUUACGAACACUAUUAAAAGGAUUUUGUACUUGUUUUUAAUUAAAUGCAUCUCUGAUCAAUUGAUUGUAAUCAAUCCAAUCAUGAACUCAAUUGGUGGACAAACAACAAUCUUCGAAUACAAAUCCAACAUUUAGCCCGCAAAGAUCCUUACUCGUUAGCUAAUUCACCCAUCAACCGAAUCCCAUCCGUCCAGAUUCGUUAAUCACGACCGUCCCUUUGCCAACUAUAUCCCAUUCCCCCCACCCUGUGUAGUCUCUCCGCCACUGGCAGACAAGCCACCCCCAACCCGCACGCGUCGUGAGAGACGAAAGUAUGGCAGAAGGCAACGACAAUGCCAACGGUUCAAUGGCGCAGCAGCUCCUCUUCCAGCAGCACCGGCAACAGCUCUUCCUCAUGCAGCAGCAGCAACUCCAGCAACAAUUGCAACGUCAACAACAGCAGCAGCAGGCCGUCUCCCGCUUCCCCUCCAACAUCCGAUCCCUACACUUCCAGGCCCCUACGCCGCCGGCAGCGGCGCAGCCUUCCUCUUCACAACCAUUGCCAUCCUCCGUUCUCCACCAUCCACCGCAGCCCCAGUCGGCGAGGCCUGCAGCGGUGGGCGUCGAAGUCGGGGUCGGGAGGCCCGGGAACCCCGUGGAGGUCGAGAUGGCGCAGAAGGACGCCUUGAUGGUCUGCAACCCCGACUUCAAAUGCCCCUUCGCCUCCGUGGAGGAUGCCGUGCUCAGGCUGCUGCCUUACCAUGUGGUUUCCGAUUAUGAAGCUGAAGAAGAUGACAGAAUCCUCGAUGGUGAUACCCUUGGUCAUAUUAUUUCACGACUCCAGCAAUGGGACCAAAACAUUCUCACAAAGAUUGCAGAGUUCACGACUACAUUUGAGAAACAAGUCCUUGCUUUCAACAUAUUGUCACGGAAGAGAGCACAAGGAGAAUUCAGGUCAGAGGAGAGGCUUAUGAUAGAGCAGGCUUUAAUGCAAGAAGAGAAGCAAGCUUUGCUGGAAAUAAGAGCAGAAAUGGAAUCUAGAGAGAAGGCUGGUAGGGAAGCCGCAGAGGCCAAAAUGCGGAUGGCAAUGGCUCAGGCUGAACAUGCUCGAGCAGAGGCUCAGGUCCAUGCAGAAAUGUAUGUUCGUGCCCCGAUGAGGGCUAGUACUGCUACAUGCCUCGGUGACGAGGGUUCUGGCCAUGAUAUGGGGCAGGAACAGGGAGGUAACAUGGACGAAAUUCAUGGGUGGGGAAGCGCUCAAAGAGAGGAUGAAGAGCCAUCACAGGAUUUUUUGAAUGAUGAGAACGGAACUGAGAAUGUAGACACCAGAGCACAAGGUGAAUGGCGAGAAGCUGGUGAGCUGGACCUGAACUCCAGGUGAUAUAAGGUUAACGUUGGCUGCUCUUCUGUGGAGGAGAUCCAAAACUCUUUCCAGCUUGCAUUUAGUAGCUUAUGCACAAAGUCGGUCGGUCACAAAUUGUCAAAUUUGACAUGAGCAGAUCUGUCAUGUUGACAGAGAUCUAUUGCUGCAUUUAUUUAGAAAAAAGAAAAAGUUUCUUUUCAAAAGGAGAGUACACUCUAUUGCUAGAUCUAAUUUGGCGACUAUCAAAAUGCAGCUGUGGAUCAGAUAAGUUGGAAGCCUGUUCAUGAUGUUAAGCAGCUUUUAAUAUCCUGAAGAUUGGUUUUGGGCAGAAUGAUUCGAAGGCUUACAUGGCUAUACCUUUUAAGCAUCUUUGUUCCUUAAUAGAAUGCUAUGCUGCUGAAACUGAACACAUUACUUUCUGGAUGUCUUACUAGUAGGCAGGAAAUACUUUGGACAAUAUCGCUGAAGAAUUAAGUUGCUUUUGUAGACUGAUUGUUGGUUACAAACACCAUGGUUGAAACUAUAUUUCUGCUUGGCAUUGACUUGGAGAUUUCUUGGUACCAUGCAGUUCUGAGGCAGAGUAUCUGUACGUUAUGAAGCAUUGGAUCUCUCGGAGACUCAGCAUCAGAAGAAAAUAGGGUUUCAGAGGCAACACCUGUAGACACAAUUUUUUGAGCAUCCCAGUUGGUCACUUUUAUUUGUGGAUAAGGAGACUUGUAGCUUCCUUAAAGUAAGUCAUUAUCCAAUUCUGAAGUCCUUUUAAGAUAUUGACUUGCCAUAUGGUAACUCCUGCACACAUAAGAGUAAUAUCAUACAUGCAUCAAUUACGUACAGCAUCCACUUUGGUAUUCUUUUGUUCAUUAUACUGAUAUUACAAGCAAAUGGUUAGGUUGAAUAUAGCACCAGAAUAUAUUCUUCUGCUAGAUAUUUCAGUAUUAAUAGUGACUCAACAAAAGCCUACUAUUCCCUUUCUUCCAGAGCUUGGGCAGCACCAUACCCUCCUGUACUCUGAUUCCUUUUUUUUGCAAAAGGAAUCCUAAAUAAAUCUCCAAAAAAAAUUGUUCUUAAUCCUUAAACCAUUGACAUAAAUAUAAUUCAUAACUCAAAUUAUGAAAUGAUUUUCUUGUCCAUGCACCCCUUUUUGAUGCAGAGGAUAAGUGUCAUCUGCCCUCCUCCAAAGCAUCCUGGCUUGAUGUGACCAGAUUGGUUUACAAGUAGCUAAGUAACACUAGAAUAUGAAUAUCGACUACAAAGCACGCUACCCAUCUCAGACAAACAAUUGUCAUCUUUUGUGAUGGCCAUAUAUAUAUGUAUAUAUACUGUUGGCAAUCUUAGCAGUGCUGAAAGGAAGGAAGAGCAUGACAAGCAGUACUUAUGAAUGGAACCCUAAUCCAAAGGGUACAAGGUGGCGGUAGGAUCCUUCAAACUCGUAACAUGUUGUGAUUGGUAUACAGAUCGUCAGACUCUUGAAGCAGAUACAUAACACUUGCAUACAGAUCAGACUGGUAUGUUCAUACUGCAGGCUGCUUAAGAGUAGUUCAGGGUAGUUAUUCACAGGGUUCAUAUUGCAGCCGUUGUCUUCUUUGCAUCUUCGGCUACUGGCACGGCCGGAAUCGCCCCAUUGUCUCACCAGCAGUUCACUUGCAAGCUUGCAGGCGACAUCCUGAAGGCCCUGUCCCAUGCGUACCGGAACUUGACAGAGAGCGAGCUGGGGAUGCCCUUCCCGUCGUUGACGAGGUAGCCGGUGCCCUCGCGCCGGAACAACUUGGGGUCGACCGUGGCGGAGCUGGCGAAGCCUUCCGACCGCAGGAACACGUUGGUGAUGGUGCAGCGGCACAGGUUCUUCACCUCCACCUGGAACACCGGGUCGUAGCCGACCUUCCGCCCCGUGUUGGUCUGCUGCACCUGAACGCUCGACAGAUCGCACCGCUGGCUCGCCACUGUCAAAGAUCCCAACACACAGGACGAGAACAAGGAUCACCUAUGGGUCCUCAAAAAAGCAGCACCUCGAGAUGGGAAGAGGGAGGGCACGUACCUGUCGCGAGGAGAUGCAGGAAGAGUGCAGCGGAGAGGAGCUUCAGGACAGCCGCCAUCGGAAUUGCUUCGUUACAAUUGGGUGGGGAGCCUUGUACCGGUCAGUAUAUAUAGAAAGCGGUCGUUUUCCUUCGACUGUUGACAGAUCACUUGUGCUUUCCACUGAGCUCCUGUAAAAUUCGAUAUCUAAUUACUGGGUGGGGAAAUCCUUUUACUUUGCCUUCA